AUGGACCAUCAACAUGAGUUUCAGCGAACUUCAGGAAAGUCGUCACUUCCGAAAAUUCAAAGAGCACUACUUCUCCAUGGCGUUCGACAGCCAUAUGUGACAUCCAGGGACACAAAAGUUCCAGGGGUACACCAUGACUAUGAGCUUCUUGUAAAGGUCAAUGCUGCUGGUCUCAAUCCAAUUGACUGGAAAGCCCCUGAUUACAACUUCGGAAUUCCAACGCUACCCUACAUCAGUGGUCGCGAACUGGUCGGGACUGUCAUCAAAGCUUCAAAAAGCUCUAAUUCGCGCAUACAUGAAGGUGAUAUUGUUAUAAUUCCUUCGACUGAUUAUCGUGAUUUGCGGAAGGCCGCAUUUCAGGAAUACAGUAUCGCAUCAGCUUUCAACACCAUCCGGCUGCCCACUCACAUCUCGAUCAACUCUGGAAGCAUACUCGGUGUGGCCUUCGUAUCUGCGGUAUUAUCUUUAGGUAUUUGCAUGGGUGUAAGCUUUGAGGACGUGGAAAAUGGGCCGGAUCUCCUGAACAUUGUCAAAAACAUUGAUCCUGAGCGAUUACCGGUGGACAUACGGCAAGAGUGUUUGGACAGUAUCGAAAGGAGUGAACGCGCAAAAUCAGGUGACUGGCUUGUCAUCUGGGGUGGAAGCUCAACAUGCGCAUACGUGGCCAAGCAACUGGCUAGGCUUGUGGGACUUAAAAUCAUCUCCGUGGUAGACGGCGCCAAACAUGGCCUACGGCUCUCCUCGACUCCGUCAAUCCGCCCAGAUCUUGUCGUCGAUUCACACAACCCUACUCGAGCUGUAGAAAUUAUCAAAGCAGCCACAAAUGAUGGUGCCCGCUUCGGUCUCGAUACAGUGGGCAAGGAAACCGCCGGUCAUCUCCUCACUUCACUCUCUUUCUCGCCAUCCUCGGAGCCACUUCUUGCCAAAGAUGAGAAUGGUAAUGCCAAACGCAAAGACUCAAAGCUACUGUCUCCGCCCGCAACACCUCUUGAGAUCACUUCUGGGGCGAGGAGAUCACAUCUCGUUGGUCUGACUGGGCUGCCCAAGACCGGUAUUCCCGGGGGCGUAGUACCUCAUAACGUACCUAUUAAGCUCUACCACGAGAUACCAGAGGUGGGAGAGGCACUUAGUGCGUGGUGUGAAAGACUCUUAGUCCAGGGACUACUCGUUCCACCUGAGGUUGUUGGCACCGUGAACGGAUUGGAGGGGAUCAAUGAGGGUCUUGAUAGAAUGAGGAGAAACGAAAUACGGGGUGGGCGACUUGUAGCUAUACUACCAUAG